AUGGCCCAGAAGCUCUCGCUCGCGUUCCUCCUGCACGACUUUGGCUCGCGCUCGAGCUGCCCGCAGAGCCCCGAGACGAGCGCGAUGAGCCUGCGCAGUCCACGCGUGAGCCCGCUCAUGGCCAAGACGCGGUCGCCGCCCGCGCCGCGCUCGCGCCCGUGCAAGCACGCGGGCUGCACCAAGUUUGCCGUGACGCGCGGCCACUGCAUCGCCCACGGCGGCGGCAAGCGCUGCAGCGUGGCCGACUGCCCGAGCGGCGCCAAGACCAACGGCCUCUGCUGGAAGCACGGCGGCUCCAAGACGUGCUCGUUCCCCAACUGCUCCAACCGCUCCAAGACGUACGGCGUGUGCUGGUCCCAUGGCGGCGGCAAGCAGUGCAGCGAGGCUGACUGCACAAAGACGGCGCUGCGCCACGGCCUCUGCUGGGCGCACGGCGGCGGCAAGCGCUGCCGCGCCGACGGCUGUCAACGGCCAGCGUACGAGCGCAACGACAACCUCUGCGACGUCCACUGCUCCAAGAAGAAGCACCGGAGCGCGCCGUAUUAG